AUGGCAGCCUGUAGGGCUACCAAUGUCCAUGUUUCUAUUGCACUUUUCAGCUUGACCAAAGCAAGCUUCUCGAGUGAUCAGGAUUUUCCAUUCUGCAUAUCUGAGCUCGUAACUUGUAGUACUCUGUACGACUCCAACGGCUCUCGACCAGCGGCUCCCAACUUGGGGAUCGUGUACGACGGCACACUUGAUAUUCGUUUUCGCGCUAAAGAGUAUCCCGACGCAGACACUCCUCGGGCCGUUAAAAAGAGAGAUAGAUCUCAGCCUGCCGUUCUUUGGGGCUUGCCUGAAACCCAAGACGAAAACAAACCCGGUAUCCCAAGGAUCAACAACGCCACGCGGGAGAGAGAAACCUUCGCAACGAAUUACCUACAUCACCGAGAUGCCUCAAAAACGCCUUACAAUAGUUCCACUGAUCCCUCGGUCGAAACGAUGAAGUUCCGUCGGCGCUGA